AUGGCUCGCCAUAAGCAUGGACUCCCGUGCACAAUCGUUAUCAAACUAGGAACUUCAUCCAUUGUUCACGAGACUACGCAUCAACCGUUACUUUCACGUCUUUCGGCAGUUGUCGAGACCGUUUUGCGUUUGAAGGCAGAGGGUCACAAAGUUGUGCUUGUUAGCUCAGGUGCUAUUGGAGUAGGAUUGAAAACCAUGAACCUCGGAAGUAGACCGAAGAAUCUAGCCGGUGUUCAGGCAUUGGCGGCGAUUGGUCAAGGCAGAUUAAUUGCACUAUGGGAUAACUUGUUCGGACAGCUUGGGCAGUCCAUAGCCCAGGUCCUCAUUACCCGAGGCGAUAUAGCUGAUAGGACGCGAUAUCUGAACGCAGUAAACACCUUGACCGAAUUGCUCUCAAUGGGUAUUGUGCCGAUUGUGAACGAAAAUGAUACGAUUUCCAUCAGCGAAAUCAAAUUUGGGGACAACGACACAUUAUCGGCCAUCACAUCCGCAAUGCUACAUGCUGACUAUCUUUUCUUAUUGACCGACGUAGACGGCCUAUAUACCACAAAUCCUCGGAAGGAUCCAUCGGCGAAGCCGAUCGAUGUUGUCACUUCGAUUCAAGCCAUCCGCUCUCAAGUGAGCACCAAAACUCUAGGAUCAAAGUUAGGUACAGGAGGAAUGGAGACAAAACUCAUUGCUGCCGAGAUUGCCACCGCGGCUGGAGUGGCUACCGUCAUUUCUUCUAGCGCCCAUCCCGAACGAAUAUUCGAGAUCAUCGAGUAUAACAACUCGAUACGCUCUUCUUCCGAUUCAAUGCCAUCGACUCCUCGAGAACCUUUAUCCGGGCGCACAAGUCCUGCUCCUGAGCAAUCAACACCGAAAAUGGAAGUACGAGAAUGUCUCCCAUCCCCUGAGUCUCCUCAGAAAACCCUCGUUCGCCCUCCCCACACGAUGUUCAUGCCAUCACCGAUUCCGCUGCGCGAUCUCAAAUCGUGGACAUCACAUACUCUGGCCCCAGCAGGCAGCGUUAUCAUAGAUGCUGGAGCGCAUCUCGUGCUAUCCCGUCGAGACUCCGGUGGUCGACUUCUCCCAGCAGGAGUACUCGGCGUUAAAGGUACAUUCGCAUCGGGACAAGCUGUGCGUAUUGUGGUGCGCAAACGGAAGCCUGGCGCUUCACCGGUCGAAGAACGAGACGUUACAACUGCUAUGGCAAAGGCCACGCUUGCCUCGUAUGGGCAUGGCUCACCAUUCGUGACGGAGCCUAGUACCCCGAUCCUACCACCCGUCCCGUCUUCGUCUUCGUCAAUCCUCUCUUUAGACCAGCUCCCUCGCGCGACGUCUGCGGAUAGCGGCUCUUCAACGACGGGUCAUCCAAAUGCAGCGGAAGACGAGCACAAUGAUAAGGAUGAGGACGAAGUCGAUGAUGGGUGGGAUCUCGUUGAGGUUGGUCGUGGUCUUGCCAACUACAACUCCGCACAGAUUAGGCGUGUAAAAGGGAUGAAAAGCUCGAACAUUCCGCAUGUUCUUGGUUACGCGGACUCGGAGUAUGUCGUUGAGAACAUCACUAUUAGAAUUCCACCAUCGUAA